GAUCGUCGAUAGAACGGCUCCAACUCAGUUGCACUCCGACCGCCGCGGUGGAAUGUCGUUCUCCCCGGGCUGUAGCAAUCGUCGUCGUCGUCGUCGUCGCCGUCGUCGCCCGGGUCGUCGCGCGUAAAAUUCGCAUCGUUGGUAAACGACACGCUAUAUAGGAUUAAUCCAUCGAGUUUGAUCUUUGUUCAUCGUUUAUUGUGGCGGAUCGCUCGCGUUAAGGAAUGAGCGAUCGGUGUCUGAUCGAUUCGCGCGAGCGGACGACAAAGUCGCGGAUCGUCGCGUCGUCAGUGUCAACGGUGUGAACGGUAGUGUUUUGAAUUUUUGGUUCUUUAUCUACGACCGAAGUGCAAAAACGACGGUUCAAGUCUAUAGUACAGAGUGACUAGUGGGCUAUGAGUGCGUGACGAUACGAGGGUCUACGUACUAGAGCGACUAUCUCCCACAGCGGCCACAGGUGCGCGAUUCGGGAUGGAUAGCCGUCGCGUUGUAACGUCGACGACGAUCGUCAUCGUCGUCGUCCUGUGCACGUUGCUGGAUCGUCGCACGGUACACGGACGCAGCAUCACGAGCCUCGAGGCGCCAAGCGGCUGCGAGUGGAGAAAGGACGACGGCGAGGACGGGGAGCAGGAUCUGACCUGUCGAGUAAGAACGAUCGCGGAUGUGGCCGGUCUCAUCGGCAAUCUCUCGGCGAUCCAAGCGGACUCGAUCACGUCCCUGGGAUUAGAAUGCAGCGACGAGUCGUACUUGGAGGGUCAGCUCGACGAGGACCAACCGGACGGCUUCCUGCCGUCGUUGCCGCGUCUCGCGAGGCUGCGCGUCGAUUACUGCAACAUCCGGUAUCUGCCGGGCGGCGUGUUCGCGUCGGUGCACAAUCUCCGCGGUCUAUCUCUGCGGUUGACGCGCAACGGCGACCUGUCGACGUUGGAUCUGCAUCGGGAUGCGCUCCGCGGUCUGACGAGCCUGCAGCAUCUCGAUCUCGCCGACAAUAAUCUGUGGACGCUGCCGUCGGAGCUAUUCUGCCCGGUCCAGCAGAGUCUCGCGAGGCUGAAUCUAACGCGCAACAAGUUACAGGACGUCAAGUCCCUGGGCAUCUCCGAUCGAUCCUGCACCUUCAAUCUCGAGAUCCUCGACAUCGGUAAUAACGACCUCAGUGCCUUGCCCGAUCACGCGUUCAGCGGCCUGCGUAGCCUGAGCGUCCUGAGGAUACAGGAUAACGCGAUCGCCUCCGUGGGCGAUCACGCUCUUCACGGUCUCGCGUCCCUCCGGGUCCUCAACAUGUCCAGCAACCGACUCGUCGCCCUGCCACCGGAAUUGUUCGCGAAAACGAAGGAGCUGAGGGAACUGAUUCUCAGUAAUAACUCUCUCACGUUACUGGCGCCCGGCUUGCUGGACAGCCUCGAGCAGCUUCACGAUUUGGACCUCAGCGGAAACGAGCUGACCAGCCACUGGGUGAAUCGGGAGACCUUCUCGCGAUUGAUUCGUCUCGUGAAUCUCGACUUGUCGUUCAACGCCCUCACGAGGAUCGAUCUGAACGUCUUCAGACAUCUGACCAAUCUGCAGAUUCUCAAGCUCGAGCACAACAAUAUCGAUACGCUGCUCGACGGCUGCUUCGCCUCGCUCGUCAACUUGCAUACCCUGACGUUGUCUCACAACAAGAUCAUCAGAUUCGAACCGGUGCACACGCUCGGUCUCGGCGCGCUUCAACAACUCUUCCUGGACAGCAACAGGCUGCGCGGCCUGCACAGACAUGUGUUCGCUAAUCUCACGGAUCUUCAGGAUCUCUCUCUGAGCGGGAACGCUUUGGCGGAGAUUCCCUACGCGGUUCGCGUGCUCAGAUCGCUCAAGACCCUCGAUCUCGGCAACAAUCAGGUGUUGAGGAUAGACAAUGACUCGUUUGCCGGCUUGAACGAACUCUACGGAUUGCGAUUGGUGGACAACAAGCUGGAGAAUGUGUCGCGGGAGGCGUUCGCGUCUUUACCGGCAUUGCAAGUGCUCAAUCUGGCGAACAAUGUUAUCCGUCACGUGGAACAGAGCGCUUUCUCGGCUAAUCCGGUGUUGCGGGCGAUAAGACUCGACGGGAACAAAUUGACGGAUAUCCGCGGCGUCUUCACGAGUCUCUCGACUCUCGUCUGGCUGAACGUGUCCGAUAAUAACUUGAUGUGGUUCGACUACAGUCAACUACCUACCAGCAUAGAGUGGCUGGAUAUACACGCCAAUGAGAUAAAGGAGCUAGGGGAUUUCUACGUGUUGCGCAACACCAUGCGAAUAAAAAUGCUGGACGCGAGCUACAAUCGCAUCACCGCCAUCACGGAGGCGAACGUGCCCGACAGCGUGGAGACGCUGUUCCUGAACGACAACCGUAUAAAGAGCGUCGCGCCCGGGACGUUUCAGCAGAAACCGAAUCUAGAGAAGGUGGUUCUGUACGGGAACGAGAUCAGGAGACUGGAGAUUGGCGCCCUCACUCUGCAAACGGUGCCGGACGAGCAGGAACUACCCGCGUUCUACAUCGGCAACAAUCCCAUCCUCUGCGACUGCAGCAUGGAAUGGUUGCCGCGGAUCAACGAGAUGACCCGGCCGCGUCAGCAUCCGCGCGUCAUGGACCUGGACGCUGUCACGUGCGAGAUGGUGCACGCACGCGCCACUCCGCGACGUCCGCUGCUUUCCCUGAAGCCCAAGGAUCUUCUCUGCCGAUACGACGCGCACUGCUUCGCCCUCUGCCAUUGCUGCGACUUCGACGCGUGCGACUGCGAGAUGACCUGUCCGGAUAAUUGUUCCUGCUAUCACGAUCAUAGCUGGUCUAGCAACGUCGUCGAUUGCUCCAACGCCGGAUACAAACACGUGCCCGAACGAUUACCCAUGGACGCGACGGAGAUUUAUCUGGACGGUAACGAGCUCGGCGAUCUCGGCAGCCAUGUAUUCAUCGGGAAACGUCGUCUGGAGGUACUGUAUCUUAACAACAGCGGUAUCGCGGCGAUACACAAUCGUACGUUCAACGGCGUCGAACAACUGCGCGUUCUUCACCUCGAGGACAACGCGUUACGGGAACUACGUGGCUUUGAGUUCGACCAGCUCGAUCACAUGUCGGAAUUGUAUCUGGAUCACAACGCCAUCGCCACUGUGGGCAACACUACCUUUAAGAAGAUGCAUAACCUCGUGGUGCUACGACUCGACGGCAAUCGUAUCGUCGAUUUCCGACCGUGGGAAGCCCUACCGAGCGUCGGCGGCGGCACCAGGAUCGCGCUCGAAGGCAACGCCUGGAGCUGCGAGUGCGGGAACGCGGCCCGAUUACGCGUCUGGCUCGCGGAGCAUCGCGGCGACCCGGAGAAGAUGUACUGUCGCGACGGCGUCGAGACCCUCGCCCAGGCCAUGGUGCGAUGCGGCGAUCCCUCGACGGAGGCCGUAAGUCGAGGUAUCCAGGAGAUCCCGCUGUUGGGCAGCAACUUUGUGCCGUUGCUGGCCGGCGCGCUGGUAGCCGUGAUCGCCAUUUGCCUAUUCAUCGCCCUGGCCUUCGUCUUUCGUCAGGACGUACGUCUCUGGGCCCACGCGCGUUACGGUUUACGACUCGGCAAGAUGGCGGCGCCGCCCGACGAGGAGAGGGACCGACUGUACGACGGAUACUUCAUCUACAGCGAGCGCGACGAGGACUUUGUCUCCAGAUUCCUCGCGGCCGAGCUCGAGCAGGCAGGCCUAGCGCUCUGCCUUCACUGGCGCGACCUGCCACCGGCCAGACCGCAGGAAGCGCUGCCACCGGCCGCGGCGGCCGCUAGGCGCAUCGUCAUCAUCUUCUCGCCGGUCUUCCUGGCGAACGAGUGGCAGCACGUCGAGUUUCGCGCCGCCUUGCGCACCGUGUUGGAGAACAUCAGGCCGGCCUCGCGGAAACGUCGCGUUCUCCUCCUGCUGGCGACCGAGACGCCGACUCGGGACCCGGAGCUGCAGCUGCUGCUACAGACGUGCACCGUCGUGGUCUGGGGCGAGAAGAGGUUCUGGGAGAAGCUUAGAUUCGCCAUGCCGGACUCGGUCGACAAGCGGCAGCGCGACAGCAAGAAGGUCAACGACCGUAAUCGCACGCCGACGCGAUACACCGCGGCGCCGUCCGUCGCCGUGGACGUGUGGACCAAGCCGAACGGCGUCCUGGUCGCACCGGUGCAUCACGCGCCCACGCCGACUCCCACGCAGUCCACCUACGUCAGCUCGGCGUCGAGCCGCACCGAGGACGAGGACAGCGGCGCGGAGCACCAUCAGCAUCAGCAUCACCACCCGCAUCAUCAGCACGGCUACAGCACGCUGCACGCCGGCAACGGCAGGCCGGCCAGCCUCUUCUCCAGGAGCAGCCAUCUCUACAGCACCAUCCCGGAGCCACCGGUGGUGCCGACCGCGCCGCCAGGAGAGGCCCUCGCCCCGGCGCAUCCAGGCAAUCCGCGUACUUACUUCGUCUAGCGCAGAAGGGCGGCGAUCGUGCUCCGAUCCAGCAGGAGAUAGACCGAUUCUCUUUCUCUCCCAUACUAUCUUUCGGUCUCUUCUAUUCGUUUCCGGUAAUCCUGCUGAGGUGCGCGAUCGCCCGGCCGUGUCGCGAGUUUUCUUCUCCUUCUUCUUGCGCGAGAAGAGAGAGUUGGUCGAACUUGUACAGCGUAUUUCCGGUUACUCUGACAACGGCGAAGAAAAAAAAAAUCAAGUUUCCCGGGAUCAAACGAGGGUGAUCCGAACGCGCGAUGUAGCAUUAUAUACGUAAAAACGAAAUCGAUUCGAUGCCUUGCGCGCUUAUUAUCGAUGUACGACGAACUAGACUUAAUACGCUUGUGACCUUUUCUUUUCGAAAGACGAGAGACGCAAGACACAUCCGCGACGAGGUCUCGCUCUUCAUUCCAUUCUCGCGCGGUAUCUACUUUUUCAUAUCUCGUUGCGCAAACGUUCUUCCAAGUCACGAUCAAAUACUUACCACGUUUCGAACUUACUCGGAAAAUGUAAGUUCCGACGACGCGGUUUGCUUUUCUCUCGUUUAAGUUUUGUAAAUAAUGACGCGAUAUCAGUGAGAAUCUAGAUUCUAUACACUUUUUUUCUUCUCUUUUCCUUUAACUUAUGUACGAGCGGGACAUCGCGCGUAUAUAUAUAUAUAUAUAUAUAUAUAUAUAUAUAUAUAAUUAAGACUCGACUAUUAAUUUACUUGUGUACAUAUGUAUAUCUGUCUCUAUCUCUCCGAUACUUUCCGGCGAAUCCUCUUCGCCGCGCUAUUCUCCUCUUCGUUGAUUAAUUUAUUUCGUCGAAUCAUGACAAAUCGUCGAGAGCUCCCGGAAAGUGGGUCGCGAUCGAGAGAAUUUUAACCGUUGUUUCAUCGCGAGAUCGAUGUAUUUCUGAUUUAAACGUUUUACCAUUCGAUCUCCCUUUCGCAAGCGAGUUAUUUCGUUUGGAAUCGUGCCGCUUCGAUUUGCAUUAAUUGGCAUAACUGUCAGUAAAGCCAUCAAUAGGAUUAUUUGUUGUGGCUUGCACAAAUACUCAUAAAUUUGCGUGUACAUAUAUACCCGAAUAACGAUGAUAAUGAUGGUAACUGAAUGUAAUCGGCAGCUGAUGCGCGCAACGCGAUCAUUUUGCGGAUAUUAAUUAUUUUCUUUUGGUUUCGUAAAGCAUCUU